UUUGAUUAUUUUUGGCUACUAGAGCAACUGCUGCUAGAGAGUGAUGAACAGAUCAUUGGCGAUGCUAGAGCGACGCUUACGUUCACAAAGACUGGAGCCAACAGCUCCAAUACCAACCAAAACCACGACUCUGCGACGUCAGGUUUGUGUUAAUAUUGAGGCCAAGGGCUCCAGUCCGAGUCUGCGACCGCGGCGGCGAAGGAGAAGGGAACUGCUGAUGUCUUACCCAUACCCAUUUUCCCAGAUGUCGAUGCCCAUGGACUAUGGGCAGCCUCAGCAACUACACCAGGCAAAAGGAGACCUGCAUUAUGGCUAUUUUGAUCCAGUGGAAUCCUUCUUACAGUAUCAGAAUUUGGGCUGUCCACAGAUGCGCAUGAACUCCGGCCAGGAAUAUGGCAUGAAGUAUGCCCCCACUCUUGAGCGAAAUAAUCGCCCUCGCAGCUUCUUUACCAAUGUCAACAGCUCAGGCCACCAGAGCGCGUCUGUAGACGAGCUGAAGGUCAUUGCCAGUACACUGGAGAGCAGUCUGCUCCAAUUUCUAGCAAAUGAAUCGGAGCCAGUCCACAAAGAGUUAAAUAAGGAGUGUGUGAUAAACCCAAACUAUGAGUCAGGAGGUCCACAGGAGUCCAAGAUGCAACUCCUGACCGAUAUGAUGUGCGACACCAUCUAUAGGUUGAACAGCUUCAUCUCCACUCAGAGAGAGAUUGGGGGGCACAAGUCCCCUUACAUGAUACCACCACAUCUGCUGUCGCAGCCGCAGCCAACAUAUAACAUGGGGUUGGGCUCGGAAGGAUUGAAAAGCAAUAGCCUUCUGUUUCAUCCAAGUAACAUGAUGGCAGCGAACCACAACAGUCGUCUGCCCCCAGUCGAGUCUACUGAAGCCAGCACUCAGACAAGGUUUAGCGUGGUGCGAAUGCCUUGGCUACGUGAGAGAAGGCGUAAGCGUCUGGUGAAACCCACCUAUAUACACCUGCACAAUCAAGGCUGCAGCACAGAAGAUUUGGAUCUAUGGCCGAGGAUUUUAGAGGCCAUAACCAAUAUUAAUAGCGGAGAGAAUCAUCUUAAAACGGAACAUUUUGAGCAGCAGUCAAGCAAAAAGAGCAUGAAGGACAGUGGCACCACCAUGUGGUGUCCCAUGGCGUGUUGUCGCGGUUACUGUGAGUAUGUGGAGCUGGGUGGCAGUCCAACCUCUCAUAAAAGAAAUGAGGGGGACACCCUGCCUCUGCAGGCGCCACCUUUACCCACAACACCACCGCCACUAUUCCUGACACAGAACGAAAACGAAUACGAACUGGGCAGUAAUUCCAUCUACAUAGAAAAUGCCGACUCUCAGUCCACUAUUGACAGCGCCGCCAUGACUUCAAGCUCCACGUCUGAUAUCCGCAGUGCAGGCGGCGUAAGGAAUACCCAGUUGACGUACUCCUACAUAGAGGAGCAACAGGAGGAGCAACCGAAGAGCACAGACAGCUUGGAUGACUGGUAUAGAAGUGCCAGCAUGAGUCUGGCCGAACUGGAAGAGGAGCAGGAGCACUACAAAGCGAUGGAGGAGCGUCGGAAGAAGUUAAAUACCAGAAACAAGCGACUUCAAACCGAAUCCAUCACGAGCUCAGCUUCCAUUGGCGUCUGCGUCGGAGCCACCGCGGAAAAGGCCGUCAGCACCAGCGAUCUGAAUGCCUGCAGACUCAAGAAACCACUUAAGUCCGCCCUUAAGACUCGGCGCGUGAAGAGUGGACAAGAAAUUGUGGGCAACACAGCGCCAGGACUUGAACGUCUCACAAAAGUAAAGUUCGAAAAGAAAGUUGUUCCAAAACUGCAGGAUAUAAUGAGUAAACCCAACACAAGAUCAGUGGGAACGGGUCAUCCGACACCGAAUGGUUUCGAGAUCAAAAGGAUAUCCCUAUGUGAAAUCCCAGACAAUGGGCAGAUACCCCCCCGUCAGGGUCCCCUGAUCAAGAGGAAGUACUUGAAGGAAACCCCAAUUAAGAAGAAGCGUAUCCCAAAAAAGUUCAACUGUUCUCCGUCGAUGAGUCCACCGUCCAGUAUACGCAAAUCCCUUCCAUAUCCUUCGGAAUGGUGGUUGGGCUAGCUCUCUCUCCCGCUC